AUGGGUUAUUUAUAAUUGGAGUUGUUCUAAAGACCCACAAAAAAGUUACGAACAAAAGAAGGUUGACACUGAACUUGUAGCUCAGACCUCAGUAGUCAAGAAUCGUAAGUCGUAACAAAUCAAAUAACAAUGGAGGUUUCUACCAAAGAUAACCAGCCUUCUACAUCGAGUAAUGUAGGUGGUGGAACGGAUGAUGAUUGUUUCUUGGUUCUGGAAUUGUCUAAAGAUGAUCCUUUGUAUGAAAAGAAGAUAAUGAAUGCUGAACUUUUCAAGCCAGUGAUAUGGCUGUUUAUGUAUCCAUCCAUUCAAGUAAUUAUGAAAUUGCUUACAGACAAGGGCUUUGGUCCAAAUGACCGUGUAUACUUCCAUAACACUUUAGUUUCUGAAUCUGCAAAUGUUGUGGAUGCCUUACUCCAGAGAGCUCGAAUAAUUAACUUGAACGAUAUUGAGCUUUAUUUUGGUCCAAUGAAUGUGGUUUCCGAAGAAGAAUUGUACAGUUUUCGGAAUGAGUUAGAGGCUCUCAAUUUUACUCUCUCUCUUGUUGAUCUCUACAGUGAAAAAAGUAACGGAAAUAAUGCUUCACUGAAAGUAUUACGAGAUGCAAUUAUCAGAAGACUUUACGGUGUUGGUGAAAUAGAUAAAUUUGAAACAAGGAUUGUAAAGAAAGCAUGUGACAGUGAGAAGCAUCUUAUGGAGUGGGCUGAAAGCUGUGGUCUAAAAUCUAAGCUGCAGAUAGCUUAUGUUGAAGGAGCUGGGAGAGGAGCUCUGGCAGCAGAAGGUCUUGGGGUUGGAGACAUUGCACUGGAGAUUCCGAUUUCUGUUAUUAUUUCAGAAGAUCUUGUAUAUGACUCAGACAUGGUUGAUGCUCUGGAGAAGAUAGAUGGCAUUUCCGCUGAAACUAUGUUGUUGUUGUGGAGCAUGAGGGAGAGGCACACUGUGGAUUCAAAGUACAAAUCCUACUUUGAUACGCUGCCUGAAGAAUUUAACACGGGAUUGAGUUUUGGUCUGGACGCAAUAGUGGCUUUGGAUGGGAGCUUGGCCCUUGAAGAAUUAUCCCAAGCUAAGGAGCACUUACGGUCUGAAUAUGAUGAGUUGUUUCCUGCACUCUCCAUCAGUUCUCCUGAUAUAUUCGCACCUGAGUUCUACACAUGGGAGCAGUAUCGAUGGGCAUGUGAGUUAUGGUACUCAAAUUCGAUGAAAAUAAUGUUUCCUGAUGGAAAGCUUAGGACAUGUUUGAUCCCUGUUGCAGGUUUUCUGAACCAUUCGAUUUGCCCACAUAUUUUGCAUUAUGGCAGAGUGGAUGCUACGACAAACACUCUCAAAUUCCCUUUGUCAAGACCUUGCAAGAGGGGUCAGCAAUGCUACCUGAGCUAUGGAAAUCUGUCUAGUUCUCAUCUGCUCACCUUCUAUGGUUUCAUACCAGAACAAACAAACCCUUUUGAUGUCAUCCCUUUAGAUAUUGAAGCAGCCCCAGACUGCUCUUCUGAGGAUGUUCGUUUUGCAUCUGACGUUACACACAUGGUUCGGGGUGCAUGGCUUUCACCCAACCAAGGCAUCUUCUACUAUGGAUUGCCGUCACCACUAUUGGAGCAUUUACGGAGUGCUCGGAGUCCCGGCUUGCAGACAAUGACACUGCUGCAAGAAAACUUGGAAAAUGAGAUGGAAGUUCUGAAGGACCUUAGAGCGAUUUUUGAUAACAUGAUGGAAAACCUUGGUGACGCGGAUAUGGAUGACCGGAAAAAUGAGAAGUGGGAUGUACAAUUAGCAAUCAAGUACAAGGAUCUGCAAAGAUAUAUCGUGUCUUCUGUAACGACUGCCUGUGUUCGUGGCCAAGAUAUGGUGGAACAUGAAUUGAGUGCUUGCAUGGCUGAGAAUGCUGUUGGGUAGCUGUAACUUCAUAAAGAACGAGCGCCCUUUCCUGCUGAUUUUCGUUAAUCAUGACUCAUGUGUAUGAAUGCUUUGUUGGAGCUUUAUACUUUCUCUGUAUGUCUCUUUUGUUUGUAAUACUAGCAUAAAUAGCAAGGUGUAACUUGUAGUUGAAAAGUCAUAUUAACAUGUGGCGUAGAUUAGCCGAUGCAGCAAUUUUGUUCUGGAACUUACUCAUUUGAGGUAGAGGAGAUUGAUGUUACUGAUAGCAGAUUAGUUCUGAAUAUCAAGCACUUCCCUUGAAGAUA